GAGGAAGUGGGUGUGACAGGGACGGAAGCCGAGCGGGGCUUGGAGCAAAGACAGCGGGGAGUGGGACCAGCGCUGUCCGCUGCGAUGAUUCCCCCGCAGGAGGCUUCCGCUCGGCGGCGGGAGAUUGAGGACAAGUUGAAGCAGGAGGAGGAGACGCUGUCCUUUAUCCGAGACAGCCUGGAGAAGAGCGACCAGCUCACUAAGAACAUGGUGUCCAUCCUGUCGUCCUUUGAAAGCCGACUCAUGAAGCUGGAGAACUCUAUCAUCCCUGUGCACAAGCAGACAGAGAACCUACAGAGGCUGCAGGAGAAUGUCGAAAAGACGUUAUCCUGCCUGGACCAUGUUAUCAGCUAUUACCACGUAGCUAGUGACACUGAGAAGAUCAUCAGGGAGGGCCCGACAGGUAGGCUGGAAGAGUACCUGGGAAGCAUGGCCAAAAUCCAGAAGGCUGUGGAGUAUUUUCAGGACAAUAGCCCAGAUAGCCCAGAGCUCAACAAAGUGAAGCUGCUGUUUGAGCGAGGGAAGGAGUCACUGGAAUCGGAGUUCCGCAGCCUGAUGACCCGGCACAGCAAGGUCGUCUCCCCUGUGCUCAUCCUGGAUCUCAUCAGUGGUGACGACGAACUGGAGGUCCAGGAGGAUGUGGUCCUGGAGCACCUGCCUGAGAGUGUGCUCCAGGACGUGGUCCGCAUCUCCCGCUGGCUGGUGGAAUAUGGUCGGAACCAAGAUUUCAUGAAUGUCUACUACCAGAUCCGUUCUAGCCAGCUGGACCGCUCCAUCAAGGGUCUGAAGGAGCAUUUUCGGAAAAGCAGUUCUUCCUCUGGGGUUCCCUACUCCCCCGCCAUCCCCAAUAAGAGGAAAGACACGCCUACCAAGAAGCCUGUCAAGCGGCCAGGGACGAUCCGUAAGGCUCAGAACCUUCUGAAACAGUAUUCCCAGCAUGGUCUAGAUGGGAAAAAGGGGGGCUCUAACCUCAUUCCUCUGGAAGGUCACGAGCAUGAUUUCCGAGUUAAGCACCUAUCGGAGGCCCUGAACGACAAGCGCGGGCCACUGGCCGGGAGAGAUGACAUGCUGGAUGUGGAAACGGACGCCUACAUCCACUGCGUCAGUGCCUUUGUGAAGCUGGCCCAGAGCGAGUACCAGCUGCUGAUGGAGGUCAUCCCUGAGCACCACCAGAAGAAAACCUUCGACUCCUUGAUACAGGAUGCCCUGGACGGGCUGAUGCUUGAAGGGGAGAAUAUCGUGUCCGCUGCCAGGAAAGCUAUCAUCCGCCAUGACUUCUCCACCGUGCUCACCGUCUUUCCCAUCCUGCGGCACCUCAAGCAGACCAAGCCCGAGUUUGACCACGUGCUCCAGGGUACAGCAGCCAGCACGAAGAACAAGCUGCCAGGCCUCAUCACCUCCAUGGAGACCAUUGGGGCCAAAGCUCUAGAAGACUUUGCUGAUAACAUCAAGAAUGAUCCAGACAAGGAAUACAACAUGCCUAAGGACGGCACCGUUCAUGAGCUCACAAGUAACGCCAUCCUGUUCCUGCAGCAGCUUCUGGACUUCCAGGAGACAGCAGGUGCCAUGCUGGCCUCCCAAGUUCUUGGGGACACAUACAAUAUUCCUUUAGACCCCCGAGAAACCAGCUCUUCGGCCACCAGCUACAGCUCCGAGUUCAGCAAGCGGCUGCUGAGCACCUACAUCUGCAAGGUCUUGGGCAACCUGCAGCUGAACUUGCUAAGUAAGUCCAAGGUGUAUGAGGACCCAGCACUGAGUGCCAUCUUCUUACACAACAACUACAACUACAUCCUCAAGUCCCUGGAGAAGUCUGAGCUGAUCCAGCUCGUGGCUGUGACCCAGAAGACUGCUGAGCGCUCGUACCGGGAGCACAUCGAGCAGCAGAUCCAGACCUACCAGCGCAGCUGGCUAAAGGUGACUGACUACAUCGCAGAGAAGAAUCUACCUGUGUUCCAGCCUGGAGUCAAGCUCCGGGACAAGGAGCGGCAGAUGAUAAAGGAACGUUUCAAGGGCUUCAAUGAUGGACUUGAAGAACUGUGCAAGAUUCAGAAGGCCUGGGCCAUUCCAGACACAGAGCAGAGGGACAAGAUUCGACAGGCUCAGAAAAGCAUUGUCAAGGAGACCUAUGGGGCCUUUCUGCACAGGUAUGGCAGUGUGCCCUUCACAAAAAACCCGGAGAAGUACAUCAAAUACCGCGUGGAACAGGUGGGCGACAUGAUCGAUCGCCUUUUCGACACCUCUGCUUAAGUCUGCCAGUGUUUCUGUCCAGUUCCACCGGCAUGCCUAGCAUGUCAGCGGACUCAUAAACCAGUGGUAAUACACUUCCAAGCCCA